CCCUUGGCACUUCCCAGGGCACUGUCAGGUCCUGUCUUCUCACCAGGAUGAACUCGCUGGUUUCUUGGCAGCUGAUGCUUUUCCUCUGUGCCACCUCCUUCAGGGAGACAUUUGAAAAGGUGGCACCCGUGGAGAAUCCUCUAUCUACAGGCCAGCGGCCCGGAUCCCAGGCCCUCCUGGCCCCGUGGGAGCAGAGCCCGCGAUGCGCGGAGAGAAAGCCCGCCGGGGCCCAGCCCAACGCGCGGGGGGCCUCGCUGUGCCCUCCUCCCGAGAGUGCCGCGGGGCCCCAGCGGCCAGGCCUGUGCGCCCCCCGCAGCCGCCUGAUCCCCGCCCCGCGGGGCGCGGUGCUGGUUCAGCGGGAGAAGGACCUGUCCGCCUACAACUGGAACUCCUUCGGCCUGCGCUACGGGAAGCGGCAGACCGCGCCUCCCGGAAGCGUCCGCGGGGGGCGCUGCGCUUGGCUGAGCGCCAGGUGCGGGAUGGGGGCGGGGGCAUGA